AAUUUGCAUACGAUCAAACGUCAAAAUUUUGCACUAAAUUUGAAUCCUGACAAAAACUAGAUAUGGUAACGUUAUUGAACGCGCUUUUGAGAAAACAAAUUCGUUCUAAUAUUAAGUUAGAACAGAAUGCAAUUUCUGUAUUUGCAUCACGACUUUAUACAACAGAUGUAAAACAAGAUUUAUUACUUACUGAAUCUUGCGUCAAGCGUUUGAAAGAAAUUUGUGAAAAUGAUCAAUUUUUGAGAGUUGUCGUCGAGGGUGGAGGGUGCUCAGGAUUCCAGUACAAAUUUGAUCUUGACACCAAAAUUGCAGAAGACGAUAAAAUAUUUGGUACUGGAAACAGUCGAGUUGUAGUAGACAAAGAUUCCUUAGAAUUUCUAAAAGGCGCAACAGUAGACUACCAUGCUGAGCUAAUAAGAACAGGCUUUAAAAUUUUAUCGAACCCUAGGGCUGAACAAGGAUGCUCCUGUGGAUCUUCAUUUGCAUUAAGGUUAGAUUAA